AUGAGGAGGUGGGUUGGUGGUAUUAUUAUUGGGAAAUGGGUUGGUGGUAUCAUUAUCGGAAGGGAGGUUCGUGGUGUUAUCAGGAGGGGGUUGGUAGUGUUAUUAGAAGGGGUUGAUAUUG